CACGUGCCCGUGUUUACGUCCCUCGUGGAGGAGCCUACGUCAGCAGCCAAAUGGCAACAUUGUGGCGAUUCUGAAGCUCAGAGUUUAGGAGACGCGUCUCUCCGUCAGGCCGGCUCCGGGCGGUCGGGAAGAAGAGAAGAAGGAGAAGGGGCGGGGAGAUCCGCUUGGACGAGCGGCCGGUCUUGACUGCCUACCGGCCUGCCUGGCCCCGCGGGACCCGCGCCUCACCUUCAGAGAGCCGAAGACGCAGCACCGCGGCCUCGCGCUGGGGGCGGCCGGGUCGGACGCGAGGCGCCGCCGCAGCGCGGGGCUUGUAAACAGAUCCAGCCGCACGUGACCAUGUGAACUACCUGCUCCGGGGACGCAUAUUGUCUUUCCCGCGAGCCCCGCCACAAAGAAGCGCGGCGGGUUCGAGUGCUGAGGGCCGGGCGAGCAAGCGGGGAGAGCCGGCUGGCGCGCUAAGAUGGCCGAAGGCGCCCAGCGAGGGUGAGCAGGGGGCGCGGUGCAGCCAGCCGGUGAGUCUUCGGGCGGGCAGGGCCCUCGGCGCCUCCCCCGCGGCCUGGCUCCGGAGCCACCAUGUCUUUCGCGCUGGAGGAGACGCUCGAGUCGGACUGGGUGGCCGUGCGGCCCCAUGUGUUCGACGAGCGCGAGAAGCACAAGUUUGUCUUCAUUGUGGCCUGGAACGAGAUUGAGGGCAAGUUUGCCAUAACCUGCCACAACCGGACGGCCCAGAGGCAGAGGAGCGGCUCCCGGGAGCAGGCGGGGGCGCGAGGGGGCGCGGAGCCCGGAGCAUCCACGUCGGACGGGACCCGCGGGCCGGGCAGUCCAGCUGGCAAGGGCCGGCCCGAGGCCACGGCCUCUGCGAUUCUGGGCAGAAGCCCGGGACCCCGGAGGAGUCCGGCCUGGGCGGAGGGCGGCUCUCCGCGGAGUGCGCGCAGCCUUCGAGGGGACCCGCUGCUGCGGAGUCCCGCCGGCAAAGGGGCGGAGAGCCCUCUCAGAAGCCCAGUGAGGGCCCAGACUAGCCCGGUUCGAAGGGGAUCUGAAGGCAGAGAUGUGGCGGGGGCCGCCCCUUCGGCGCCUCCGGAGGCCACGGUGUCCUCGGUGCGAGUAGUGAGCGCCUGCGGGGCGGUCUCCGAGGAGAUCGAGGUGCUGGAAAUGGUGAGGGAGGACGAGGUGGCCCCGGGAGCCCUGGCGCUCUCGGACGCGGAGCAGCCGCCGCCUACCUCCGAGCUGGAGUCUCCGGCAGAGGAGUGUAGCUGGGCUGGGCUCUUCUCCUUCCAGGAUCUGCGUGCUGUGCACCAGCAGCUGUGUUCUGUGAACUCGCAGCUGGAGCAGUGCCUACCCGUGUUCCCCGAGGAGCCCUCUGGCAUGUGGACCGUGCUGUUUGGGGGGGCCCCAGAGAUGACCGAGCAGGAGAUCGACACUUUAUGUUACCAGCUCCAGGUCUACCUGGGCCAUGGCUUGGACACCUGCGGCUGGAAGAUCCUGUCCCAGGUACUUUUCACUGAGACCGACGACCCUGAGGAGUAUUACGAAAGCCUUAGCGAGCUGCGGCAGAAGGGCUACGAAGAAGUGCUUCAGCGGGCCAGGAAGCGCAUCCAGGAGCUGUUGGAUAAGCACAAGAAUACAGAAAGCAUGGUUGAGCUUCUGGACUUGUAUCAAAUGGAGGAUGAAGCGUAUAGCAGCCUUGCAGAAGCCACAACUGAACUAUAUCAGUAUUUACUACAGCCGUUCCGAGACAUGAGAGAACUUGCCAUGCUACGGAGACAGCAGAUAAAGAUUUCUAUGGAGAAUGACUAUCUGGGUCCCCGAAGAAUUGAAAGUCUACAAAAAGAAGAUGCUGAUUGGCAGCGAAAAGCUCAUAUGGCUGUUUUGUCUAUUCAGGAUCUUACUGUCAAAUAUUUUGAAAUAACAGCUAAAGCACAAAAAGCUGUGUACGAUCGAAUGCGAGCAGAUCAGAAGAAAUUUGGUAAAGCAUCGUGGGCAGCAGCUGCAGAACGAAUGGAAAAGCUCCAGUAUGCUGUUUCUAAGGAGACUUUGCAGAUGAUGAGAGCAAAAGAGAUCUGUUUGGAACAGAGGAAACAUGCACUAAAAGAAGAGAUGCAGAGUUUGCAGGGUGGUACAGAGGCCAUAGCCCGGCUGGAUCAGUUAGAAGCUGAUUAUUAUGACCUGCAACUUCAGUUGUAUGAAGUACAGUUUGAAAUCCUGAAGUGUGAAGAGUUACUAUUGACCGCACAACUGGAAAGCAUCAAAAGACUUAUAUCGGAAAAGAGAGAUGAGGUGGUAUAUUACGACACUUACGAAAGCAUGGAGGCCAUGCUGGAGAAGGAAGAGAUGGCAGUGUCUGUGCACUUACAGAGAGAAGAGCUACAGAAACUUCAGCAGAAAGCACGCCAGCUGGAAGCAAGGCGUGGACGAGUUUCAGCCAAGAAAGCCUACCUCAGAAAUAAAAAGGAAAUUUGUAUUGCAAAACACAAUGAAAAGUUCCAACAACGCCUUCGGAGUGAAGAUGAAUACAGAGCCCAUCACACAGUACAACUAAAGAGAGAAAAAUUACAUGAUGAAGAAGAAAGAAAAAGUGCCUGGGUUAGCCAAGAGAGACAAAGAACUUUGGACAGACUUCGAACUUUUAAACAGAGGUACCCUGGCCAAGUCAUACUUAAAUCAACCAGAUUGCGACUGGCUCAUGCAAGAAGAAGAAGCACAGCCAGUCCUGUGCCCUGUGAGGACCAGUGUGACUCUCUGCCAGGAGCACUACAGGUAGAAGAGAAAAGUGCAAAGGCAGAGGAAGGAAUAGGCGAGCUUGGGUCAUCACACAAAACAGAAGCCCAAAGCCUCGCACACCUUGAAGAUACUUCGCUAGCACAACUUGAAGCCGCUUCAUUACCUCUCAGUGGUGUUACCUCUGAACUGCCGCCCACUGUUUCUCUUCCACUUUUGAAUAAUACUGACCUCGAACCAGGUUCCGUUACCAUAGAUCCACUCCCCCCACCGCUUCCUCCAACACCACCUCCCCCGCCACCACCUCCUCCCCCUCCCCCCCCACCACCUCUGCCUGUUGCUAAAGACACCUCCCCAGAGACACUGGAGAAAGGUCUGCCUAGAACAGAGGCGAACGAGAAGAGGAUCCCCAAGUCUGCGAGUGCCCCCUCAGCACAUCUCUUUGACAGUAGUCAGCUGGUCAGUGCCAGGAAGAAGCUCAAAAAGACUGCUGAAGGUUUGCAGAGGAGGAGAGUGAGCUCACCCAUGGAUGAGGUGCUAGCUUCCUUGAAGCGUGGUAGUUUUCAUCUGAAAAAGGUUGAACAGCGAACUCUGCCUCCUUUUCCUGAUGAAGAUGAUAGUAAUAAUAUCUUGGCACAAAUACGGAAAGGGGUGAAAUUGAAGAAGGUACAGAAGGAAGUUUUGAGAGAAUCCUUCACACUUUUGCCUGACACAGAUCCUCUAACACGGAGCAUCCAUGAAGCUCUUAGAAGAAUCAAAGAAGCGUCCCCUGAGUCAGAGGAUGAAGAGGAGGCUUUACCCUGCACAGAUUGGGAAAACUAACAAGUGACUCAACAGAAAGAAAAAAUUCAGUUGAAGAUCAGUUCUUACUGUUUGGGAAAACAAAAUUUUAAACAUGCGAUUUCCCAAUUGGAUUCCAUUAGAUGCAAAGUGUAUUGGCACAGUGGUGUGAAAAAACGGAGUCACAGUUGGCAAGUUAUCACUUUUCCAGUCAUUCCAGUAGUUGGUGGUUAACAUGAGUUUUAGAUGUGCAGUGCUCCUGAUGCAGUGAAGAAAAGGCCUUCUGGACAUGCCUGGUUUUUUUAAGCACCUUCCCCUCCUGUCCACCCAGUUACAUCCUUGUUGUGGCCAGUAAAGCUAGGGGUUGCUCUGAGUUGGAAGAACACUGGGUUGACAGAGAUCUACUGUGAGCUGUAUUGAGUCUGCUUUGAAAUCCAUCUUUAAGUGCACUGAAUAGUCCUCUGCUUGAAAAGACAGCACCUCUUCCAUACCAGCUUAUAUAAAUAGUGCAGCACUCUGAAAAAGAAGAGUAUCAUGAUAGCUAUAGGACAGGAAUUGGAAAGAAUCAGGUGGAAAUGCACUGAAAAUGUUCACAUUUUAAAGAUGUUCAACAUCUGAAAAGAUAACAUAACCACAGAGAUGCAUUUAAUGUGUUUACCACAACAUGAUAGAUUUACCAUGGCAUAUUUUUAAAAGACCACACACUCUUACACUUUGUAAGUUUUGAAGUAAAAAUUUCCAUGCUUUUAAAUAGCUCUUCAUAAUUGUGAAUUUAUAAUAGUUUGAAUUUCAUGUGCAACUUUGUGUAUGAAAAGCAAUACUUUGUAACUUGAUAAUAUUUCAAAUUAUUUUUAGUCUUUUUGUUUGAACGAUUGCUUGAUUAGCGUAACGCAACAUGACUUUCCUAUUGAGAAUCAAAAAAGAGGAUUCAAUAAUAGGGAUGCUGAUCUUAAAUCUUUGUAACGGGCACAUUUAAGUUUCUCUUUGUUAUGCUCCGCAGUGAAAUGUGCUCUACAAAUAAUGCAGAAACUAGACAGGCAGAAAAGCCUUCUGGGCUGGCAUUUUACUGUCCUCACAUGUUUUGAGUGGGAUUUUGGGAGAGAGCCUUUGUUACUGUCAGGAGACUUUUUAAAACAUAGGUAUAAAGUUCUAGGUGCUGAUUUUGCUGUAUUGGAGUCCUGAAAGAUGCAUUUAUGUGAAAGGAGCCAUUAUGAAUUCUCAGCAGGACUGCUGAGGGCUUGACCGAAGGUAGAUCUGUUGGACCCAGUCUAUAGUAUUCUGUAGAGUGUAAUUCUGUAUAAGACACAUGUUGGCCUCUAUAUGAAGGGAGUUAAGGACUGAGGAACCAAAAGAACUUUUAUUUUUUCUGAGGCAUUUCUCUGGCCUAGACCCAGAAAAGCAGUCCUAGAGUAAAAGUCCUUGAACGUGUAUAAAGUGGUUUUCAUGGAGAGAAAAAAAAUGCUCACAGAUUUGUCCCUUUAAGAUGUUACUUCCUUUAAAAUAAUUAAGGAGAAAACUUCCUGCUUACUGAUGAGUAGGAGCUUUUGCACAGCAUUUUCACAUGUUUCAUAUUUUAUUCAUGUUUUAUUCCCACUUCUUAUCUUGGAAGAUUACAUCUGUACACGAGAUGUAUAUUUUAAUGUUCAUCUCACAGUGGGGAGGUGGGUGUGGACCCUCCCCUCCUCCCGUUUCCUUCAGUACAGAACUGAAGCAUUCUUUUCAACCAAAGACUGAUUGGUUUGAUUUUUUUUUUUUUUAAGCAAAUCUGCAAACCUUUAAAAAAUCACGUAUCAGUUUCAAACCUCUGGAUGCUUAUGGAUCAGUUCGUUUUUUCAUCCAUUGACAUUCUGAAAAAUACAAGAGAACCUAAUAUUAAACGUACAGCAAAAGCACUGGGAUUUUUCUAUGCCAGGAAUUGCUCCCCAUUUAGUGUUAGAGCUGGGAUUCCCUCAAAAGACAGGUUCUCUUAGAAAUGGGUCUUGGGACUUGUCUUUCACAGCCAUGUUCUAGUGAGUCUCUGGCAAAUAUUGGAGGGGUACAGACCCCUGUGAAUCCUUUGGAGGUGCAUCCAUACCUCUGAGCACAUCCCACUGUGGCACUCCAUGAAGGGCAUCUCACUUGAUGAUGAGCAGGUUAAAGUGCGGUCUUGUUAGCAACCAGCUGUGCUUAUUCUCUGCUGAGUAACUUUUCCAGUACACGUAUCUUCUGUCCUUAAGAUUCCGAUUCCUCCUUCCACAGAAGUACAAGUUAGUACAGAUCACCAUCCUUUGGAGUUCUUGUAAAUAAUGCUAAAAUUUCAAAUAACUCCAGUCCAUUUGUCCAAGAUGACAUUACCAGUUGAAUCCUCGUGUUAAUUUUAUUUUCUCCCCCCAACCUGUUAAUUUUAAGGAGGUGUUGGAACCCAACAAAAUAUGUAAGCAUGGUUAAAUUCCCCUUUUCUCCACCUGCCCUUAAAAAAAAAAUGAGCAUUUUUGCGCUUUACAUUAAGGUUUUAUAUAUUUAGUUAGGAUGACAUUUACAGGUGAUCAUGUUUCAAGUACUGGACUUGCCUGUACUAUUUAUAUGGUUUAAAAUAUUUGAUAGUUUUAUCUCAGUGUAUCAUUUGUCAUAAGAAUACACAAACAGCUGCUUGCUUAUGCCGAAUCAGUUUACGAGUUGAUUUAUCAGUCUAGAAUGCAAUAUAUUUUAAGUGGGGAAACAAAUAGAUAACUUGGGGGUAUUGUAAGGCUAAUGUUACUGCCCACUUGAGUGCCACUUAAUACUCAAACUGUUGUGUCUGUAACCAAUGUGGCACACAGAAAACGUACUCCUACCCAUCUCCAAUAUGGGGGGGUACUGUGGGGUAGCAGUGUGACAAAAGGCCGGCUAAAGAGGAUUUUUAAAAGAUGAGCAGUUGUCUUGUUUGCUCUAUGUUUUAUAGGUUUUGAGUUGGUGAUUAGUAUUGAAAACAAUCAUUCCCUAGUUCUUCAUUGCAGAACUGAAAGAUUUCUUAAUGUGUAUUUUUAAAACAACUAGGCACAGCUCUAAGAGUGGAUCAGGUGUAGGAUUUCCACAGCGGGAAUGUGGGUUUUUUCUCAUUACGUGAAACCAUAGAAAAUCUUCAGCACUUUCAUUUACUCUGUAUAAUGAGGGGGGUGGGGGUGGAAAUCCUUAUUUCUACGAAGCUGAACUGUGUACCAAUAUUAGGUAACAUGGCACGACCACUUUGCGAUAAGAGUGUUAAAUUGUAAAGCAUACUUAGAUCAUAGCAGGCACCAAGAACUAAAACUCAUAUAUCAGUGGAACAAAAAUGAACGGGCAGCAUCCUCUGUUUGGAAUGGGACCAGGAUACAAUUAACACAAUUUUAUACAUUCCCUAAGAUGCCAUUUUUUAAUUGCAUUCAUUGAGUUUGUGUAUAAAUGUGAAUCCGUGCUUUUAGCCUAAGGCAAGUUGUUCUUUCACUAAGUACAGGUUAAAAAAAAAAAAAAAAUGUAUACGUAUCAUGAGAUAGCAAUCUGUAAAGCACUAAUGGGUCCAUGACGGCCUUAUCAGGGAGUUGAAAUUUCAUAUGCUUUACCAGGUUUAUUUUAAGAAAUCUUCUUGAACAGCUGUAAAACAUUUAAAAAUCGUGGCAGAUGCAUUGUUAACAUGCAACCAUUUGAUAAGGAGAACAGAAACCCUAAUAAGUUGUCCCUAACUCUUGCACUGAAUUUAAAUGAUAAUGUAAAGUUAAAUGUGCAUUAUAAACAGAUUUUAUUUCCCCUUUAUUGCUUAGAAGAGCUAUGCUUAGUGCUAGAGGAUGGGCCAGCACGAUUGAUUUCAGAGGGAAGAGGUAAAAAAAGUAGAAGCACCUUACUUACUGUUGGAGCGUGUUGCAUUGAUUUAGUGCUGCUGAACAAUUCAGUAGUUACUUCUGAACUUUGCUACAAAGUGCUCUUUAGUUAAAGCACAUGAGGAGGAACUUCUGCUUAAAUUGCUUUGUAAAAUAAAGCAAUGGUAUUUUUUAUCCUAUAAAUCUAAUUUAAAAGCUUUUCUUAAAAAAUGAGUUUAUAUUGCUGCCUAAACUAUCAUGUAUGUAAACAGAGGUUUUUUGUACGGUGAGAGGGAAUUUGGAGAGAGUGUGUGUGUGUGUGUGUGUGUGUGAGAGAGAGAGAGAGAGAGAGAGAGAGAGAGAGAAAUGUUUGCCCAUUGGGUUAUUUUGAAGAUGUGUUCAUUCUAAAAUGUUUUGCCCACAGUAAAUGUACAGCUUGGUAUUUGAGGAAUUUAAUUGAGAAUCCAAAUUUCUAAAUGUUUCUCCCCUUCCCUCUUUAUGCCACUAAGGUGCAUGUACAGAAAAUACCUCUGAGGUUGACAUGUUAAAUAUUGUAUCAAUGCUCUUUCACACUGAAUCUCAAAGCAGUCAUUUGUUUUGAGAAGGGAAAGUUUUUCUGGUUUUUUUUGUUGUUUUUUUUUUUAAAGUCGGUUAUAAGAGUGCCUCAAUUUGGGGGAAUUAAGGGUGGAUAGGAAAGGCUGUGCAAAGUGAUUUUUAGAUGUAUACAGAAAGGUAUGGGUGUUGGUUAUAGAGCUGAAUUUUAACAAGGGAAGUUUGGGUUUUUGUUUUUUUUUUUUUAACUUGCAUGUUCUAUGGUUAACUAUCAAAGAGUGUAACAAGUUACAGCUUUUCCCAAUACUAAUUACAUUGGUUUUAAGAAGUCUUCAUGAUCACAAGAUGGCAUUUUCCCUUUAAUUGUGAACCAAGAGGGGUAGACGAUACAACCCAGACAGUGACUUCUGACUUCUUUGACUCGGACAGAAUCAACACUGUCUCACUGAGUUUCUUACUGUACUGUAUGUCUUGCCAAGUGUGAAACCAUAAUAUAUAUAUUGUUUGUGAAAAUUCGAAGGCUACAGAUCAUUUUGCAUGAUGAAAGCCCAUAAGGGCUAAUGAAACUGACAUGUUUUUUAGCCUUUCUGGUUCAAUGAAAAUUACAAUGGCAGACCAAUUCACUAUUUACUAGCUUUGUGCAAUAUUAUAAUGGUAGAAGCAAAACACUAGCACAUUGUGCUUGGCUUUUAAAGAUGGCUUUAACACUGUACAUUAGAUGGAAGUAUGCACAGUGUAUUGUAAAUGCCACUCUUGCAAAUUUACAAUACUUAUAUGCUCCAUUAAUAUUUUAAAGUAUUAAAAGUACAAAGAAAAAACUAAGCAGGCAUUUAUAGCAAUACUCUGAAAUCUCCAAUAAUUGUUUUGACUGUUGCCUUUUGCUCUUUAGUACAACUUUUCUGCAUUGUAAUUACUGCUUUGUAUUUCCUGUUUUUUACACUUACGACUUCAGAGUUAAGUACUUGUACAGCAAGUAUUGCAGUCACCUUCUCUUGUACAUGCAAUGUAACAACAUACAGUUUUGGUGCUUAACAAUAUUCCUCUUUUUCUUUAAUAAAAGAUAUUUAUUGAGUUAA